AUGAGCCAUGUCAUGAAUAGCUUACCAACACACACACCAGCCCCCGAAUCGCUAGCUUUUCGCGCCAACUUGGCCCGCCUUGUAUCUCCCCUCAGGCGCAUCCGGCCAACUGUUCCUUUCUGGCGCCUCGCAGCACACAGAAUACCAACACUUCAUUUAUAUCGAGAUCUACUAAGGACAGCUCCGACAGACCAUAUUCACUGGAGGGUGAGGAACAUAUUCAGGCGAAAUCAUCAUUUAACUGCUAUCGAGACUACGAAACGAGAGCUCACGAAAGGAUACAAGUGGUUGGGAAUAUUCCAAUCAGCCGCUUCAGGCGACCCAAAAUGGCAAGCCGUACUUGAGAGAUACGACCGGAUGGUUGAAUCGAAAAUCGAGAAAGAACAUUGGAGAGAUCUAAUUGACAAGGAACUGGAAUGGCAACACCGACUGAAAAACCGGCCGAUACUGACGGGAGGUAUACUUCAUGCAACGCCUGUGAACCCUCCCAUACCUCGAAUGAAACCCCAGCCUAUGGAGAUCAGCCGGAUAAUGGUAAAGCGUAUGAAACAGAGGGAAAAGAGGUUUGCAAAGUUGAACACUUUGUCUGAGUACAGAGAUAUGGCAAGGCGGGAACGGGAAUUUGAGGAGGGCUUGAUUGGGAAGCAUGUUGACGGUGAUAAGGCUGUUUGGGGUGGAAAAGCUUUCAAGGAUUGGGCUGUACAGCUAUCAGAGAGCUCCAAGACAAUUUAUGCAGAUCUUACGCGACAAACGGAGAAGUUCCUUGCGCCUUAUCCCCCUGAGCUGCUAGAACAGGUUGCAGAGGCUCGACGCAACAAAAUCGAGAACAAGACCAGGGAACACGAGCGGGAGCGUCGUGGAGAAAUAUUGAAAUCUACCUUCCGGCGACAGCGAAGAGGACUCCCAGCGCAUCUCUUGUCGAGGCUGACCAAAGACCAAGUCGAACAGGAAUUAAUCGUUCGACGCAGUGUCGCUGAGGUGGGAUACAUUGGACAGUUGAAGCAGAAAAAGGGAUGGAAACUGCGGACACCCAAGGAUGAAGGCAAAUCGGAGGAGAAAGUCUGGAGUGUUAUUGAUGGGACUUGGACCUCUCCCCUUUUUGAGAACGCGUUGAGGAAAAGAGGAGAGGCGAUCAUGGAAGAAAAUGAGACGAGAGAGACAGAGACAAGUACCGAGGGUGCGGCAACAACCUGA